UCCACGCCUUUUUUCUCUCUUAAGCAAAAGAAAAAAAAAAUGAUACUUUUCGCGCGUCGUAAUUCAUUCCGUAGUUUCAUUCUGAAUUCUGAUCUCCCCCGGCAAAUAUAGACUGUUUUCAUAAAACAUACUAUAGAAUAAUGCAAUUUAAUAAUCAAUGCUUAUUCUGCUUUGUUGAAUUGUCUGAUAAUGGUAAUAACACGUCGUCAACAGAGAUAAAAUAAGAAUAAAGUGGGUCAUUUUCUUUUCUUUUCAAGAAUCUUUGAUUCCAAAGUUUUGCUUCUGAAUUGGGUUUCUUCAGAAAUUUAAUGGGGUUUGUAUGUUUUUCAGAAUAAUCGGUUAAUUUUCAGAAAAAUGGAUUGGAUGAGUCCAAUAUUUCGCUUAUUCAGUGUGAUAAUUGGGUUUGUAGGGUUUAGUUUUGGGAUUACAAUUGGUGUUACGAUUGGUUAUUUCUUAUUCAUCUACUUUCAGUCAUCUGAUGUUCAGGAUCCUGAUAUUCGUCCAUUGGCUGACGAAGAUACAGAUAAAUUACGGAGGCUGCUUCCUGAAAUACCUCUUUGGGUGAAGAACCCUGAUUAUGAUCGUAUUGACUGGCUGAACAAGUUUAUAGCCCUGAUGUGGCCGUAUCUAGACAAGGCAAUAUGCAAAACUAUAAAGGAUAUUGCAACUCCUAUAAUUGCUGAACAGAUUUCAAAAUACAAAAUUGACUCUGUUGAAUUUGAGAAACUCACCUUAGGGUCACUACCACCAACUUUCCAAGGUAUGAAAGUCUAUGUUACAGACGAGAAAGAAUUGAUUAUGGAGCCAUCUUUAAAGUGGGCAUCAAAUCCUAAUGUCAUGGUUGCUGUAAAAGCUUUUGGCUUGAAGGCAACUGCUCAGAUGUUGGAUCUUCAAAUAUUUGCUUCUCCCCGCAUAACUUUGAAGCCCUUGGUGCCAAGUUUCCCAUGUUUUGCUAGCAUUUAUGUUUCUCUUAUGGAGAAGCCGCAUGUUGACUUUGGUCUGAAGCUUCUAGGGGCUGAUCUCCUGUCAAUACCUGGCCUUUAUAGGUUUGUCCAGGAGCUAAUUAAAGACCAAGUUGCUAAUAUGUAUCUAUGGCCACGUACACUAGAAGUACCAAUUUUGGAUCCCACAAAAGCUCAAAGGAAGCCCGUGGGCAUUUUACAUGUAAAGAUUUUAAGAGCCACAAAGCUGAAGAAGAAAGAUCUCCUGGGUGCAUCGGACCCGUACGUAAAAUUGAAGCUCAGCGACGAUAGAACUCCAUCGAAGAAAACAACAGUGAAGCACAAGAACUUGAACCCUGAAUGGAAUGAGGAAUUUAAUUUGACAAUAAGAGAUCCGGAGACCCAGAUGCUAGAACUUAAAGUGUAUGAUUGGGAACAGGUUGGUAAACAUGAUAGAAUGGGUAUGAAUCAUGUUCCUUUGAAAGAACUUACUCCUGAUGAGCCAAAGGAAUUUACUGUUGAUCUCCUUAAAACCGGUGAUCCAAAUGAUCCUCAAAAUGAGAAAUCACGGGGUCAGAUUGUGAUUCAAUUGACAUACAAAGCAUUUAAAGAGGAGGAUCUCGGAAAAGAUUUUGAAGAUUCAAUGCAGCAAGCACCCAAAGGAACUCCUGCUGGUGGAGGUAUUCUUAUUGUGAGAGUACAUGAAGGUCAAGAUCUCGAAGGAAAGCAUCAUACAAACCCGUUUGUACGUGUCAUCUUUAGAGGGGAAGAGAGAAAGACCAAGACUAUCAAAAAGAAUAGAGAUCCGCGUUGGGAUGAGCAAUUUCAGUUCGUAGUCGAAGAACCUCCCACAAAAGAUAAGCUACAUCUGGAAGUUGUGAGUUCCUCUUCAAGAAGCUUACUUCACUCCAAGGAAUCCUUGGGGUACGUAGAUAUAAACCUAAAUGAUGUUGUUAACAACAAGAGGACAAACGAGAAGUAUAAUCUUAUCGACUCGAAGCAUGGGCGCAUCCUAGUCGAGCUAUUGUGGAGAGCUGCUCCCCCAAAGUCUUAGAACACUCUACAUCUUUUAUACAAAUACCAACUAAAGAAAAAUGCUGCAUUCGGUGUUUCGAAUAGCAGCGAAAUUGUUUAGCUUAUGUGAUCUUGAAUAUAAUUGUAGCUGGGAAUGCAAUUUAACUUUUCUGGGUCGUGAAAGACCGAUUUUACUUGUAAACUGUAAAGAAAUGCAGUUGUUCGUCUUUCUAACGUGGUCGAAAUUUUUUUGCUUCAGUAAAUGUUGAAUAUAAUUGUGAUUUGUGAGCUGUGGAGUUUUAAUUUUAAUUUAAUAAAAUAAACUU